CCCGUGUCUGCCGCUCUCCGUCACCCCCGCGUCACUCGUCGACCACCACCACUACUACUCUCUUUGCACUCGUCGCAACCAAACUCUCCACCUCCCACACUCCUCCCCCCCUCGCCCCCCCCCCUUUCCUUUCACUUCUUCUUUACACUCUUCCUCUCUCUCCCCUUGAUCCAAUGCUCACAACCAUCUCGUCACCAACCCAUGGCUUCGAGCUUGCUUAAAGCCUGGCUGAUAGAUCAUUGAAUCAAUCAUCCCCACUCGCAACACCCCCCCCCCCCCGCUUCUCCUUCUUCCCCCAACCUGGCCCCUCGUGACCUUACCACCAGCACCACGCAAUCCAGCACUCGAUGGAUCGCAAAGGCAGUACCAGUAACAUACAUCACCAUCAAUCUCGACAGCAUCCUAUAGCGGCACCUGACAAUCCGCACGAACCAGACAGCCAAACUACUACUGCCAACGCCCAGGCCACAACCGGUUCAGCAGACACCGCCGCAGUUCCCUUGUCCACCGCCCCUCCCCGUGUCACUCGUGCUUCAAAGCGCAAGCAAGAGUCGCCCACUACUCCCACCGCAACCCUGCCAGAAGCUUCCUCGUCAACCACCGUCGCCGCUGGACCCCGCCGAUCGGCACGCCUCUCUGCAGCCCACUCGGCUGAAAGCGACCAGUCACCCGCCACUUCCAGCUCGAGCGGCAAGGGAAAGAACAAGGCGGAAGACUCCGCCCCAAGCGCCAGUUCCAGCCGCAGGCCUCGUAACUCUGUAUCAUCCCCUCUCACCGACAACCCACCGACUUCUACAGACCGCAAAGGCAAGAAGCGCGCGACUGCUCCAAGCGAGGAUACCGCAGAGCCAGAGCCAGUGGCCAAGCGCCCCAAGAAGACGCCUCUCCCAAAGACUGCAAAGGGCGACGCGCCUACCUCCAGCGGUUCCACCAGCAAGGGCAAGGGCAAAGCUCCCGCCAAGAGUGCAAAGAGCAUGCCAAAGAAGUCGACUCCCAAGCCACGACGUGGUGGCGGAGCCUCGACGUCCAACGACCGCUCCAAGAAGGGCGACACUUCAUCUAGACAGCUCAUUGACGACCACAUGGACGAGGACGAGCGUGGGUGGGGUGAAGCUGGUGGCUCUGGCCUCCUCGGCGAUGACCAGUAUCACGAGGACGAAGACAUGGACGAGUCCGACCAUGACGACGAGGACGACGAGGGUGACGCCCUAGGGUUCAGUGCUGCUCGCGGCGCCCUCUCCACCUACAACCGUCUCGCUGGCCUCGAUGCCAACUUUGACGAGGCCACCGCCGCUGCCAUCUUUGGCUCCGAGUUCCGCGCGUUUGGCGGUAUGAUGUCGGGUCUUUCCAACCGCUUCAAGAAGCUCAAGGCCAACCUCCGUUCUGCCAAGGCCUCUACUCGCCUUGGAGCGCUGCGAGAGUGCAGCGAUCUGCUCCUAGUCAGUAACGAGGACACGCUGGGCGCGUCAUUCUCGACGUCUUCCUUUGCUACCGAGUUCAUCGCCAUUCUCAAGGGUCAACCCAACAUUGAACAGUCGAGCGGUGCCGAGGAUGAGUUCAUGGCAGACGCGGACGAGCUCGAUGAGGACGCACAGCUCGCCGCAGCUCUGGCUAUGAGCACGGGCGGGGCAUUCCCUGGUGGAGACGACCAGGACGAAAUGGAGGCUCAGCUGCUCGCCUGUCGCUGCCUGGCACACCUCAUGGAGGCGCUCCCUGGCUCAGGACACACUCUUGUGCACCUCGGCGCCGUGCCCGUUCUCUGCUCCAAGCUGAACGAGAUCUCUUACAUUGAGCUCGCCGAGCAGACGCUGAGCACAAUGGAGAAGAUUUCCGCCGAGUACCCUGCCGCCAUCGUUCGCGAAGGAGGCCUCGCGGCGCUUCUCAAUUUCCUUCCGUUCUUCUCGACCAACGUCCAGCGUACCGCGGUGACCGCUGCGGCCAACUGCUGCCGCAACAUUUCGAGCGAGCACUUCACCAUGAUCCGCGACGUGUUCCCCACGCUUCGCGAGGUUCUCACCCAGGCUGACCAGCGCCUCGUUGAGCAAGCAACUCUGGCAGUUGUCCGCACGCUCGAGUCGUAUCGCCACAACGCCUCGCAUCUGGAGGGCCUACUCGACGUCCCUACUGUCGUGGCCAUCAAUGCUCUAUUGAUGCCUUCCGGUGGAUCUCCGCUCAUCUCGGACGGCACUUACACCCACCUCUUGAAGGCGUUAACGUCAGCGGCUCGCGCAUCUGGUGAAGUCACCAUUGCCUUCCUUGAGGCGGGAAUGACGAGCACUGUCCACCUCAUCCUCACGGGCGUACUGCCGUCUUCGCACGAAGAAGAUGAGCAAGGCGGCGCCCCUGGCGGUCAGGGCCUUGGUGGCGGCGUGGCCGACAUGGUCAUCAUGCACAACCUCGCCCACCGCCCCAAGGAACAGGUUGAGGAGGCGCUGGGUCUCAUCUGCGAGCUCUUGCCCCCUAUCCCCCGCGACGGCGUCUUUGACCACCGAUCCUACACGGAGAAGAACCUCUCCAAGAUCAAGCGUGGUCGUGGCCGUUCUGAGCGUUCAAAGCAGCGCAAGAGUGAUGAGACGGAAGCACCUUCGACCGGUCCUAGCACGCCAGCCGAGCCCGCCAACCCAGGCGCUGCGGUUCAGGCGACGCCCAUCCCUGCGCUCGGUGUCUACAACUCGAGCAAGGCAAGGCGGGACGCAGAGCAGCAAUACGAGCAGCGCGUCACUCUCCUCAAGUCCAAGUCGGAGGUUGUGGCCAAGUUUAUGCGCGCACUGGUCCCCGUGCUGGUCGACGUGUAUGCUGCCUCGGUCAGCCUGCGGGUCAGGACCAAGGCCCUCACUGGCCUCGUCAAGGCGGCGGCAUUCGCAUCGCCUACAGACUUGGAACUUACCCUCACUUCGGUCCCUAUGGCAAGCUUCCUUGGAGCCAUCAUCUCGUCCAAGGACAACCCUACCUUUGUUCAGCACGCGCUCCAGCUCGUUGAGCUUCUUGCGACCAAGCUGCCCCACGUUUUCCUCACAUCCUUCCAGCGUGAAGGCGUCGUCUUCGAGAUUGAAUCGCUGGCCGCUCUUCAACUCACGUCCGAGAAGGAGAAGGACAAGGUCAAGGAGGAGAUCAAGUCGGAGGCUGGCCCAUCAACCCAGCCCGCCGCAGGAGACCCGUCGACACCAAAGGCUGCAUCUAGCGCUACGCAAGGCGAAGACGUCAAGCCUGUCAACCCGGCAGCCGACCUCCCCAACAUUCUCGCCGCCUUGGUGCAUGAGUCUGCAGCCCACAGCACUCCUUCCCGCAGCUCUGCGACCGAUCCUAACGAUGCCAACAUCACUCGCGCGCGCAUCAUUGGAGCAAAGAAGAUCUUUGCUGUCGACGGAGACCAGCAGAACGAAGCGGCAGUUGUCCUCGACAGCCUUGCCAGGCAGGUGGGCCGCCUCCGCGUUCCUGAGGCGACUGAGGCGGAGCUGCGAGAGUCUCUCCGCGACAUUGCAGCCCAGUUCUGCAACGUUGGCCAGGCACUCUCGAGCUUUGAGUUGCUGAAGAGUGGCCUGGUUGACGGCCUUCUCGAAUAUGUCGACAUUGACGGCGUCGUGUCGUCUAGCGCCCGCCGAGCCAUCUUCUACGACAUCUUCUCGGACACUGCCAUCGCCUCACCCUCGCCUCUCACCAUGCUGGUGAAGCGCUUGCACGAGUCGCUUGGACGCCUGGAGAACUUUGAGGUUGAGACGGCGUUCAACGGAGCCGCAGGCUUUGGCUCGUCGAGCUCAUCUCUGGGCCGUUCCAUGCGCAUCCGCCUUCUCGCCGAAGAAGGAGAGGACAUUCCCAAGCAGAUCGGUUCGCUUAGCGUCACGAUCCAGGCAAUCGCUCCUGUUCAAGCCCUCCACGACUACCUUCGCCCGAGGAUAGCCGAGCCUGGGUAUCUGAGCGGCUCGGCCCUGCACAACAUGUUUGCUGCUUACGCCGCCAGAGGUGGUGGUGGAAACUCUCCAACAUCUCGGCUGCUCGCCGCCCUCGCCGCUGGCGCCGGCGGCGGUCCUGGAAAUCCAUUCGGAACUGUCCCUAGCUCUUCGGCUGCGCCGGCCUCCAGCUCGGCACCAGCGGCCGCCACGGACGGGGCAGCUGCCACGGCCAAGAAGGACGACAAGACGCCGCAGCGUCGCCGCAGCGCCCGCCUCAGCGGCCACGCACCUGCGGACACAGAUUCAGCAGAGCAGCCAAAGCCGGUCGCCGAGGGCCUCGGCACUUCGCCGGGCGAGCCAAGUGUGCUUCCUCAAAUGCCCGUGAGCAUGGACUUUGACGACGACUACUCGGAUGACGAGUAUGAUGCCGAGGUGUUUGAGGAGGACAUGGAGGAUGAGCUCGAGAGGCCGGUUGACAAGGUUGUCAACAUGUCGAUGGCUCCAGACGGAUCACGUGUCGAGGCCAAGACGCCCGAUGGCACGCGUAUCGCUACCCCGAACCAGGCGGCCGCGGCCAGCUCAGCAUCAGCAGCGGCCGCCGCUGCCGCUGGAACCCCUACGAGAACCGGCUCGUACGCCGGUGCCGUCAAGACGGCGCCCGACUGGCACCUCGAGUUUAGCAUCAACGGCAAGCCAUUGUCGCUCGAGGACACGAUCUACGGCGCGGUCCAUAAGAUUGCUAAGAGCUCUCCCUCCCCCGUCAACAUCUUCAACCUCCCUGUGACCUUCAAAUUCCGCAAGGUGGAAGGUGCCACGCCAGCCAAGGCUCCGAUUGAAGCACCGUCGCCAGCGUCCACGUCGAGCGUUGUUCCUUCGGUGCUCGAGGAGGCGGCCCCGGUUUCCAAGCUCCUUCGCCUCCUCCGCGUUGUCCACGGCCUUUCUGUUGAGGGCCGCGAAGUGUCUGGCAAGACCGACUCGGUGGACGAGAACCUGUUCAUGAACAGCAAGCUCACCGCCAAGCUGACAAGGCAGCUCGAGGAGACGAUGAUCAUUGCCAGUUCCUGCCUCCCCGACUGGGCGAUCGAGCUGCCCAAGCACUUUGCAUUCCUCUUCCCAUUCGAGACGCGGUAUGCGUUCCUGCGCUCGACUUCGUUUGGCUAUGGCCGUCUCAUCGCGCAGUGGCAGGCAGCCCAGCCCCGGAACAACAACAACCGUCGCGAUGACAACCUGGCUCACCUUGCCCGGCUUGUUCGUCAAAAGGUCCGCAUCUCGCGUGCUCAGCUCCUCGAGUCGUGCGCAAAGGUGCUCGAGCUGUACGGCACGUCGAGCGGCAUUCUUGAGGUCGAGUACUUUGACGAAAUCGGCACCGGCCUUGGACCGACUCUCGAGUUCUACAGUCUUGCGUCCAAGGAGUUUGCGCGCCGCUCGCUCAAGCUGUGGCGCGACGAGGACGAGACGAGGGAGGGCAACUAUGUGUACCACCCACACGGACUAUUCCCGGCGCCGGCUGCUGUCAACGAGCCGUCGAAAGAGACUGCAGGCUCGCGCCUGUCAUACUUCAAGACCCUGGGACUGUUUGUGGGCCGCGCUUUGCUCGACUCGCGCAUCAUUGACGUCAACCUGAACCGCGUCUUCAUCAAGCUCCUUCUCGGCAAGUCUGUCAAGAAGAAUAUUGCGACGUUGAAGCUGGUGGACCCGUCCCUUGCGAGGUCGCUCGAGCGUUUGCAGUCGUACCUGCAGUCUCGCCAGGAGAUUGAGGCGCUUGCGAGCCUCCCGCCGUCGAGUCGCCGAAACAAGCUCGCGACGUUGACGAUUGGCGGUGCCAAGCUGCACGACCUGUCGCUCGACUUUACGCUCCCUGGCUACGACAUUGAGCUCAAGCCUGGUGGCCGCUUGAUCGAGGUCGACGACUCGAACCUCGAGGAAUACCUCGAGCUUGUGCUCGACAAGACGCUGGGCAGUGGCGUGGCGCAGCAGGUCAAGGCCUUCCAGGAGGGCUUCUCCCUGAUCUUUUCGAUCCAGGACCUUCAGAUCUUCUCUCCCGAGGAGCUUGGCUUGCUUUUCGGCAACACGGAGGAGGACUGGUCUCGCGAGACCCUGGAGCAGACGAUCAGGGCCGACCAUGGCUACAAUGCCGACAGCCGUGCUGUGCGAACGCUGAUCGAGGUCAUGUCGUCGUACAGCAAGGAUGAGAGGAGGGCGUUCCUGCAAUUCAUCACUGGUGCGCCCAAGCUGCCUAUCGGUGGCUUCCGUGGCCUCAACCCCGCGUUCACUGUUGUUCGCAAGCCCCACGAGCAUCCGUUCAGGGCCGACGACUACCUGCCCAGCGUCAUGACGUGUGCGCAGUAUCUCAAGCUUCCCGAUUACUCGAGCAAGGAGGUUCUGAGUGCGCAGCUGUCGCGCGCGAUGCACGACGGCGGUGGAUCGUUCCACCUGUCGUAGGGGGGGGUGUAGAGGGACCUGUCGUAGAGCACUGGCGUGAUGCUUGCCAAAACGCGCACACGUGUAGCAACCACAAACACCGUACACAUGGCAGUAUUGUAGAGAGAGAUUCGUAGCAUGAUGCAGGAGAUUCUGCAG